UGGGCGGGGAGCAAAGGUUGGUUAGUGCCUUCACACCCCGAGCUUCGCCCGAGGGGCCACGGCGUCAUGGCGGUGGGAGCUAGACUCCGGAGCAGGGCGGCCAGCAGCCUCCCGCGCCGCGGGCCCCGGGGGCAGGGGGUCGAGGAGGCCGCCGCGAUCCUGGAGCACCUGGAGCUGGAAGACGAGGUGGCCGAGAGCGCAGCGAGCGCGGGGCGCCCGGGGGCGCGGAGCGCGCGGCGGGUGCACCUGGCCGUCCUCCCGGAGCGCUACGAGCCGCUGGAGGAGCCCGCGCCGGGCGACAAGCCCAAGAAGAAGUACCGGCGGAAGCUGAAGAAGUACGGCAAGAACGUGGGGAAGGUCGUCGUCAAAGGGUGCCGCUACCUGGUCCUCGGCCUGCAGGGCUUCGCCUCGGCCUACGCCGCCCCGUUCAGCGUGACCGGCAGCGUGGUGUCGUUUGUCCGCUAGGGGGCAGCGGCCCCGGCGCACACAUGCUCCCCGAGCCAUGGGAGCCGCACAGAGCCAGGAGCAUCUCAGACUUGAAGCCACAAAAUACUUGGAAGAAAAAAAAAAUGUCUUUCUCUGUCGAAUCGGACGACUGCUGUGAAUGCGACAUCUUUACCCAUCUGCUGAGUGUUUUCACAUUUCCUGGACACGGGUCGCUGCGCCAUACGAUCCCGCAGAGAAUGAGGCUGAUGUCACCUCUGGGGCCAGGGUCAAGUUUGCUCACAUGGAAGCCACGCGAGGGCAGGCCAACCGUCACCAGGGUGAGCCCCGUGGGUGGGCAGCAGAGUGGUGAUUGUGGCGGGGGAGGAUUUUCACCCGGAGAGACAUGGUUUGAGACCUUCUCCCGGAGAGGUCGCGGGCUGGCUGGCACUCACAGCCCGCCCGCCGCGGUUCUCAGGGCACCCAAGGCGCAGUUUGCUCUGAAGGCACGUGCCCCCGUCUCCUCCUCCGCCCUUUGUCUCCGGGAGUUUAAUUACAGGCUUGGGAAGAAGGAAGGAAGAAAAGUCUCUUUGAAGGCUGACACUUUGAAGCUGUGUUGACAACGUGUCAUGACUGUUUAAAGUAGAUAAAAGCUUGUCACUGUCACCUCUCUCUGACAUGAAUGCGCGGUGGGAGUGAGGGGAGGAAGGAGGGCGAGUUCAAGUGCAGGCUGCGUGGAGAGAACGGUUGGGCCAGGGAGGGCUCCUGAGGCUGAUGGGUCUGGUGCAGCCCGGUCUGGCCCAGACGCACGUGGGACCCUCCGCUCAGUGUCUCCACGCCACGCCGCCGCCGGAGGGCGCUUUGUGUUGGGCGCGCGGGAGAUGCUGCAUCUGGAAAUGAAAGCGUGUGAUUCAGAGAAGGGACCAGCAAGUAGGAGGCAGGUGCGAAGGAAGUAGAAGCAGGACGAGAAGGAGGUUAGGGGAGAGAGGUGGAGGGACGGGGCCCAGAUCUGGGGUCUGAGUGUUGGGAAUCUCCGGUGGGCUGGACUUGGGCUCCGGGAGGGAGCCAGGGGCAGUCUGACGGCGGAGGUGCCGUGGCUGCUGGGUGGACACCCUCUGCAGCCCGUGCGCUCACGUGGUCUGCCUUCAUAGCACCCUUUCCUCUUCUGCACCACCCACUUUGACCACGUCUCACCUGGAUUCAAGGUGAGGGUGAGCCUGGUCCUCACCCCCCCCCCCCCACACAGGAUGACCCAUUGACUGACUCUGGCCCAUUGGACAGGGAGGUGGAAGGAAGAGGAGGCCCCUCCUUCCAUGCCCUCUGCCAAGCCCCACGAUUGGCCACCAUUCUGACUUUGUUUCCAGAAUAUCCAAAAGUUCCUCCCUAGUUAUUGCUGACCAGCCUGUGGGGUCAGUGGCAGCACCCACCUGUUGCCCUUAGAAGUUUCCAGGCCAUGCCAAGGAGGCCUCGAUGUUCAUGUUUCACCAGUCAAUCCCAGCCAGGUGGCACUGGGCUGUGGAGAAGGCGGGAAGACAGACGGAGGGAGAGGAAAAGGAGUGGGAGGAGGAGGACGCGGUGGCGGCGGCGCUUGGCUCCGCUUCCUGUCUUGGAGGCUCCAGGGGAGACGAAACUUGGAUCCAGUUUCUGCAUCAUUCAUAUUUGCGAGGAAAGGAGAAAACAAACGUUCUUGUUUUAGCUCGAAUGACGAAAGUUGACAACGGGACGUUUUCACCCUUGCGAGGUAAUUAUAGCGUGCUUGGCCGCAGGGGGCGUCAGGGGAAGGGAGAGGUGAGGGGCAGAGAGAGCGCACAGUGUGGUUCAGCGGGAGAGCCCAGCCUGCUGCCCCCAGGAAGGACGGCGGAGGGAUUCCGUGGUGGGCUGGGAGGGCGCCCCUCCCCGGGGGCGCAGAGAUGCUGAGCCGCCCCAGGGACGCCCGCCGAGUCUCUGGGGGGAUGACAACGUCAGCCCAGGAAGGGACGAGACCUACUGAGGCCAUGUGAGGAGACCUUGCCCCCCCCCGUCCCCCCCCAUGUUGGACGUACUGUCAGACCAAGUUCAUUGGGCUCUGAACUUCUUGAAGCCUGGUUAAGAAUUAACCCAGACAUGUC